AUGGGCCAAAAGGAGAUAGGAAGAUAUCCUCCUCUCCCGGCAGCAGGUAGCAAAAAGCCGACAAAAGCACUCCGUCGUGGCGACGGCAGCUCCUUCAAUAUACCGCCUAACGAUGCCCUUGAAGACUUGGGGUCAGAGGAGAAAGAUAACGAGCCUGUUGAGGGUUUCACAAUCCCGGGCUGCGGCGACAAGGAGGUAGCCGGGUCGUCACCCGUCAUCGAAGUAAACUGUGUCAAUGACGUCAGCAAGGUACCGAAUACUGUUUUCAGCUCUGAGUCAAACAAGGUAAAUAGAGACUUCUGCGGCGCAACCGUCAGUAACCACCAAACCCUCCAAUGGACCGCUGAUAUCUACGGCAACCUGGAAAACUCCGCACCACAUCGACGCAUGCUGCUAAAGCGCCUAUCAAGUCUCCUCGCACCCAGGGACGAUGAUCCCGAGCAAUUUAAAGACUUCAAGUUCAAACUCGACUGGGCGCCCAAUGAGCCCUACAAUCCCGACGACUGCUACCUUGACUACGAAACCGCCUUCACCGUGCUCGCCAAAACCCCCGAGUGUGGCCAGAAAGGCGACGGCAAGGACCUCAUGUCCGAGUCCGGCCAGAUCAAGGCUGGCUGCGGUAACUUCGGAUAUACGAUUGAGGCUAAAGACGAAACACCACCGCCGCCAACUACCACGCCUCAACUAGAACCGCCCAAGAAGACGAAAGGGCUGUCUGUCAUCUUCCAGAAUUAUGUAGACGAAGCCAGCAAUGUGAACUCGUGGCUGUUCUUCCGUUCCAGGAUUUCCGACUCUGAAGGAAAUGGUAUAUGAUUCGACGUGCGCGAGAGCCAGGUGAAAAAGUAAUGUAGCGAGAUUAAACCAGGAGUGUGGUUGAUGUGACUUUCAAGAGAGACGUGGACAGGUUUGAUUCGAAGCAACGCAUAUCUCCGGAAAAUCGAAAAGAAG